AUGGACGUUCCAGGCUUCGCAUUGAUCACUGGCGCAGCUUCCGGCAUUGGCAGAGCCUGUGCUCACGGUUUCGUGAAGGAAGGCAGUUCGGGCGUUGCUCUCCUCGAUGUUAGUCUCGAAGCACUGGAGAACGUACGAAGCGAACUACAAGCCUUGCAAUCGAAAUCGGGAAAAGAAAACGACGCCCCAAAUGGCACAAGCCAUAGCUCCGAAUGCCAGAUCGAAAUCUACCAGGUCGAUGUGACAAGCGAGACUCAAGUCGUGAAUGCUGUCAAUGAUGCAGCCAGCAAGUUUGGUCGCCUCGAUUACGUCGUAAAUGCAGCCGGAAUCGCAAUGAAGCAUGCCGGCGGUGUGGCUUUCGCAGAGACGAACGACUGGCAGCGCAUAAUCGAUGUGAACUUGACCGGGACUUUCUUCGUACUUCGGGCUGCAGCAAAGAUCAUGCUUAACCAAGAGCCAAUUCGUUCGUCAAUCAACGGACGUCCAUUGCAACGAGGCUCCAUCGUCAACUUUUCAUCCAUUCAAGGCGUCGUCGGGAUAGCACAGUCAGCGGCGUAUACUGCCACGAAACACGGCAUCAUGGGGCUUACUCGAUCCGCAUCCGAGGACUACGCAAAGGACGGAUUAAGGAUCAACGCCAUUCUGCCGGGAUACACCGAGACGCCAUUGACGACCAAAAAUCCACAGAUCCUGGAGGCCAUGAAGCAGCGAGUGUCCACAGCUGUACCAAUGGAGCGGAUGGGCCAGCCAAGUGAGAUUGCCGAUGGGGUGCUUUACUUGGCUGGAGGAAGAAGUUCAUUCGUGACCGGGUCUGCGCUGGCUGUCGAUGGAGGCUAUACUUCGAGAUGA